UUAAAAAGUAAUUAUUGAAUAUAAACAAACUUGUAUUUAGAACAAUAUCCUUUGAAAAGAUGCUGGACGUGUACAGGCGAGCGGUAAAACGGUUUCCGUUGGGCAGCGUCAGUCAUAUGUUUGCCUACGGCUCCGGUGUAAAACAACAGGAGGGUUACCAAAAGGUUGGAACUCCCUCAUCCGGGAGCGUUAUAGAUCUCGUCUUUUGCGUUCGCGAUGCUCUGGGAUUUCAUGCGGAGAAUCUUCACCGGCAUCCAGGACAUUAUUCGGCCCUGAAACACCUGGGCCCGAAGUUCAUCGCCCAAUACCAGGAGCGUUUAGGAGCUGGCGUCUAUUGCAACACUUUGGUUCCAUUGCCGGAUGUAGGAGUUACUAUUAAAUACGGCGUAGUCUCGCAAGAGCAGCUUAUCGAAGAUCUAACGGACUGGAGGCACCUAUACUUGGCGGGAAGGCUGCACAAGCCUGUCACGGACCUGGUGAACCCAUCAGAUAAUCCUCCUCUGAAAGCUGCUCUUGACAGGAAUCUUGUUUCUGCGCUGGAAGUGUCGUUACUGUUAUUGCCAGAGAAAUUUACCGGCUACGAGCUCUUCCACACCAUCGCAGCGUUGAGUUACAAGGGAGACUUUCGAAUGAUAUUUGGGGAAAACAAACAAAAAGUGCACAACAUUGUAAGUCCCCAAAUCAACGACUUCUUCGCCCUGUACCAGCCAGCUUUGGGGGAGCUUUCCCAAUUCGUUGCUGUUAAUAUGAAGGGCCAGGAGCCGGGCAGCAGAAAACCAGCCAUUCUAUUCGAGCAAGACAAGUCCCAAACGGCAACGGCCUAUCACUUGAGGAAAAUUCCUGGACAGCUAAAGUCCCGUCUUCAAAAGAACGCAGCGUGCCGGGGCGACUACCCUGCUGUGGUGGAUCACUUAUCCGUGGCCCCACAACUACCAAAGGUUCUUCAGGCUUCUGUCAACGACAUCGUUUGGCGUAGCAGCGUAACACAAUCCAUUAAAAACAUUGCCAGUGCCGGAGUAAUUAAGUCGCUCGUAUACAGUUACCGUAAAGCUCAGAAGACUUUCGCCGUUUAAGGUCCUCCGUUUUAAGCAAAUUAAUUAAACCUGCCAAUUAUUGACUAAGUUGCCCUGUAGCUGUAUUUUGUUAUUUAUUUGUAAGCUCUAAAGUUAUUAGCUGCAAUAUAUGAACGCAUGCCCAAGGCGAAAACCGAGUUUUUCUAGGGGGAGACCUUUCUGGGAAUGCUGCUUUGGAUUAG